AUGCCUUCGUGGACUGAGCACACCAGACACAGCGAAGCGCGGCAACAUUUUAGGGUUGGCAUCUCUAAUUUUCACGCAGGGCCAGGCGACAACGGCGAGAACAUCGCGCGGCCGGUGGAGAUCAUCGGCGGAGAGUUCAUUGCAGCUGUUACUUUUACUGGCUCGCUAGUUGCUGCUGCUAAGCUUCAUGAGCUGGCAGACCCGAAGGCGCUGAAGAUCCCUGGCAGGCACGCGAUCAAUGCUCUCACAGGAUCAGCGGUAGCGGUGGUUGGCGUUGUCUUCUGCGUGACCGCAGACCCCACGACGAAACUUAUUAGCAUGUACACAGUGAUCGGGCUGAGCCUGUGGCUUGGGUUCCAUCUAGUAGCUUCCAUAGGAGGCGCCGACAUGCCAGUGGUCAUCAGCAUGCUGAAUUCGUAUUCGGGAUUCGCCACGGCAGCGAGUGGUUUCAUGCUGGACAACAACCUGCUCAUUAUUGCCGGAUCCCUAAUCGGGUCGUCGGGUGCGAUCCUGUCCUAUAUAAUGUGUCGCGGCAUGAACCGCGACCUGUGGAGCGUGAUCGUGGGAGGGUGGGAAGAAGAGGGCGAUGAAGGUCUAGCUGGAGUACAGGGUGCUGUACGGGAAAUAAGUGCUGACACCAUAGCAGAGGAGGCUCUGGCGGCGAAAAGAGUACUCAUUGUUCCUGGCUACGGCAUGGCUGUGAGCCGAUGCCAGUCCGACGUCGCCGAUAUUGCUCAGAUCUUGCUAUCUCGGGGAGUGGCGGUGGAAUUUGGUAUCCAUCCAGUCGCAGGAAGAAUGCCAGGCCACAUGAACGUCCUGCUUGCUGAGGCCGAUGUUCCAUACCGCGUCGUGAAAGAAAUGUCGGAGGUUAACAAGCAGAUGACGGAAUACGAUGUAGUUCUUGUUAUUGGAGCGAAUGAUACCGUCAAUCCAGCCUCAUUGGAACCUGGCACAAAGAUAUACGGAAUGCCGGUCCUGGAGGUCUGGAAGGCCAAACGUGUUGUCGUGCUGAAGAGGUCUCUUGCCCCAGGAUAUGCAGCAAUUGACAACCCUCUGUUCUUCCUGGACAAUACAAGAAUGCUUUUCGGAAACGCGAAGGAUACAACCGCCGCAAUAUUCGCUUGCUUGAGCCAGCGAGCAGCAUUUGUUGGCAAAAGCGACACAUAUCUGGAUCUCGAAUCCGGGGCGCAAGCGCUGAAGGAAGAGCGACGGGAGACGCCACCUACAACGUGGCCAAGCCCGAAGAGAUCGGUGGGCAUCUUGAGGGAUGCAAACGGGCACGGGACGCCAUUGGUACCAAUGGCGCCGCGUUUUGUCAAGCGGCUUCGGAGGCAGGCCUUCAGAGUUAUCGUCCAGGAAGGAGCGGGGAAGGAUGCAGGCUUCUCAGACGACGGUUAUCGGAAAGCGGGCGCGGAGAUUGUACCCGACGCAGACGCUGUGGUUCAGAAGAGUGAGAUCAUCCUGAAGUUUUCUGUCCCCUCAGAAGACACCAUUCGUCGUAUGCCCCGCGGGAAGGUCCUUAUCAGCCACAUUUUCCCAGGACAAAACGCACCUCUUCUCGAGCUAAUGGCGUCUAAAGGCUUAACCGUCCUUGCCGUCGACGAAGUUCCAAGGAUCACGAGAGCGCAGAACAUUGACGUCAAGUCUUCAAUGCAAGGCCUCCAGGGUUACCGGGCAGUGAUCGAGGCGUUUAAUGCGCUGCCUCGGCUUAGCAAAGCGUCAAUUACUGCUGCUGGACGUGUUGACGCGGCAAAGGUUCUAGUGCUGGGAGCCGGCGUUGCAGGACUGCAGGCCAUAUCAACGGCUCACGGACUUGGAGCCCAGGUAUUCGCUUACGACGUCCGGUCGCCGGCACAGGAGGAGGUCGAAUCGUGCGGCGGAACGUUCCUUAAAGUAGACAUUGAGGAGGAAGGUGAAGUGGAAGGCGGUUACGCGAGGGAGAUGGGCGAAGCAUAUGAGAGAGCACAAAAGCAGAUGCUCUCGAAAGUGAUUCCUAACGUCGAUGUCAUUAUCUGCACUGCAGCCAUUCACGGGAAGCCAUCGCCGAAAAUGAUCUCGAAUGAUAUGCUCGAGGCGAUGCGGCCAGGAUCAGUAAUUAUUGACCUGGCGACGGAAUUUGGCGACAGGCGAAGCGGGUGGGGCGGAAACGUCGAGGGUUCCCCCACCGAUGGAGAGACCAAAAUACAUGGGGUUACCGUUAUCGGAAGAAGCCAGAUAGAAACGCACAUGCCCGCACAAGCAUCUGAACUUUUAUCCAUGAAUAUGUCGAAUCUCCUUGAGGAGCUCGGUGGUGGAGACAACUUCCGGAUCGAUUUGGAUGACGAGGUUACGAAAGCAUUGUGCUGCGUGCACGAAGGAAGAGUUGCGUGGAGUCCGCCGCAGCCCGUACCGCGCCGGCCGCCCGCAUCAUCGCCGCGGCCAUCUCCUCGCUUAGUCUAUGCGAAGGAACCUUCUUUGCUCGACCAGUUCGUUACGUCUGAUGUCUUCUUUGCCAUGUGUCUCGUCUUCACCGCUGCGUUCGCGGGACUUCUUGGCGUCUCUCUUAAUACACUGGAGCUCAAGCAGUUUACGCUGUUCGCGCUGGCUCUGAUAGUGGGAUACUACAGUGUAUGGUCUGUGACACCUGCGCUUCACACUCCGCUGAUGAGUGUCACAAAUGCGCUUUCGGGAGUCAUCAUAAUCGGUUCAAUGUUAGAAUAUGGGGAAUCCAUUGGUAGUGCACCCGCUGUUUGUGCACUAUGCGCCACGUUUCUGUCGUCACUGAACAUCGCCGGGGGAUUUUACGUCACACAGCGCAUGCUGCAGAUGUUUCAAGUCGCAUAA